AGGUUCGCGCUCUUUAACUCGCUGCUUCUUUUCAUCCUUUAUUUUAAUUUUAAGUUUGACUACCUUUUCUUUUACAUUUAUUAAAGUUUUAAUGGAUAUUCCGAAAGGACUCAGUUGCGAAAGGCUCAAACAGCAUCAGAUGAUGUACAAAGCCAAAACACCACCAUGGAAAGAAGCAUUUCGAAUUAAAUGCAUUCAGAGGAUGCAAAACAGUCGUGGUCGAUUGGUUGACAAAUUUCGGGGCUUAGAUCCUGAAGAUGUCAUUGAUGCUGUAAUGAACCAGGAUUGGGAAUUGGACACUGAAACCAAGAAACCAGGCAUCAAGAUCUUUGCUGAUGAGGAGUUCAGUGAUGCAGAAUUGAAUGAAUUCUUCAGUACAAUGGAAGAAAUUCAAAAAGAACUUCUUGAAGAAGAAAGAAUUCUUUUGGAAGAAUAUUAUGCUGCAGUCAGAAAUCCAGAAAUUGAUGCUACAGUUGAUUGGUUAGAAAAUGAAGAAGUUAUUUGCCCUCUUUGCAAAAAAUCCAUAUUGCAUCAGAACCAUUCUGUGAUAUUUUGUGGUUGUGGAUUAAGAAUUGAUACUCAGCAAGAUGGUCUUACUUUGAUGCAUUUUAAAAAAGAACUUCUUGAAGGAAUAAAUAGUCAUGACAGAUCCUGUGAUGUGUAUCCAGACUUUUCCCUGCUACAGUAUUGUGAUAUUACUAAUUUGGCAAUAACAUGCAAGGAAUGCAGCUUUAUGUAUAUAGUUAUUUAAAGAUAUUGUCUACAAAAUAUGCAAUCUAUAUUUCAUGUAUAUAUUUACUGUAAAUAAAACCACUUAUUUU